UCUUCUCCUUUCUUCUUGUUUCCAUUCGCCCUCGUUACCCUCUCUCCUUUUUCUUCUUCAUCGUCAAUGAUGUUUUCCUUCUUUCUGCUUGUGCUCCUCCUUUGCUCUUUUCAAGAUCGGCCAAAAUCUUGUCAUCUUAAUCCAUCCUUCCCAUAAAAAAAUUGUCAUCAUCUAACAAAAAAGUCAAAAUCAUAGCAUUAUCGCAAUUCCUUCCUCAAAGGCAGACGAGCAUGUUGAUGAUUCCUUUAAAGAAUAACAAGUGCGCAAAAACUCCAAGAUAUAAAGCAUAGGAAGGAUCUUCCUUGCUCAAGCAGAACCAUUUGGUUCAUAACUCAUUUAAUGUGUCAUCUUAAUCCAUCCUUCCCAUAAAAAAUUGUCAUCAUCUAACAAAAAAGUCAAAAUCAUAGCAUUAUCGCAAUUCCUUCCUCAAAGGCAGACGAGCAUGUUGAUGAUUCCUUUAAAGAAUAACAAGUGCGCAAAAACUCCAAGAUAUAAAGCAUAGGAAGGAUCUUCCUUGCUCAAGCAGAACCAUUUGGUUCAUAACUCAUUUAAUGUGAUGGAUAAUUCGCCACCCGGGAGUGACGAUUUGUCCAACGUGCCAUCUCCUUUAACCCAGUCUCCCUGGUCGUCUCAUAUGAAUUUAAACAUUGAUGGGGAUGGUGGUGGCGAUGGCUCGGAUUUCUGCCCCAAUGUGUUGUUGGGUUCUCUGGUGAGGGAAGAAGGGCAUAUUUAUUCACUGGCAGCGGUAGGGGAUUUACUAUACACGGGAUCCGAUAGCAAGAACAUUCGGGUUUGGAAGAAUCAUCGAGAAUUCUCUGGAUUCAAAUCAAAUAGUGGGUUAGUAAAGGCGAUUAUUAUCUCCAAUGACAAGAUAUUCACGGGUCACCAGGAUGGGAAAGUUCGGGUCUGGAAAAUUUCUUCCAAAGACCCAACGGUUCACAAAAGGGUUGGAACCCUACCUACUCUCAAGGAUGUGGUUAAGAACUCAAUUAAACCCAGCAAUUACAUUAGUGAGACGAGAAAAAAUGGGUUCAAUGGCCUUUGGCUAAAACAUUUUGAUGCAAUUUCAUGCCUCGGCAUAAGCGAGGAUGGCGCCUACCUUUACUCUGCAUCCUGGGACAAGACCUUCAAAGUGUGGCGGAUCUCCGAUUUCAAAUGCCUAGAAUCAAUUGUCGCCCAUGAAGAUGCGGUAAACGCCCUUGUGGCUGGAUUUGAUGGAUUAGUGUUCACAGGUUCUGCAGAUGGUAGUGUGAAAGUGUGGCGGAGGGAGUUGCAAGGGAAAGGGACGAAACAUUUCUUUUCCCAGACUCUAUUGAAGCAAGAGUGUGCUAUUACAGCUUUGGCAGUAAAUCCACCGGAGGCCACAAUUGUAUAUUGUGGAUCUUCUGACGGACUCGUCAAUUUUUGGGAGAGGAACACACAAAUAUUGCACGGUGGCGUUUUGAGAGGGCAUAAAUUGGCAGUGCUCUGCUUGGUCUCGGUCGGGAGCCUAGUGUUUAGUGGUUCGGCAGAUAUGGGGAUUUGCGUGUGGAGGAGGAGCGGGAUCGAGCACACAUGUUUGUCGCAGUUAAGUGGACACACUGGACCAGUGAAAUGCUUGGCAGUGGAAGAGGACCCAAACCCAAUGGCAGGGACUGGAGGGAAGUCAUGGACUUUGUAUAGUGGGAGCCUUGAUAAGUCUGUGAAAAUGUGGAGGGUGUCAGAGCAAGCACCACCAUUAGGCUGGAGUGGGAGUAGUAAGCGACCAACGUCGACCUUAACAGUAGCUCCUACUUUCUCGUCUCAAGGUAACAGGAUUAGCGAGGCAAAGAGUUGAAAUGUGAUAAGGUAAAUAAUAUAAGUUAAUUAUUUUUAUAUGAGUGUAUAUUUUACAGUGUAAUUUUGGAUGUUAUUAUGUACAAGAGUUAAUUAGCGUGGGCAAAUCAAAUAAUUGUAGUUCUGUUAAAUCUCAUAAUUAGUAAGUUUUCUUGUAUAUGAAUUUAUAACUUUUGAAAAAUAUUAUUUGAAUUAAUAAUUUAUUUUUUCAUAACAAAAAUUUAUUUUUAUUUUACUCAAUUGUUUUCAUUCAGCCAAGAGUCUUGCCUCCACUUUAGUACCACAAAAGCUCCAUAAGCGAUUUGGAUAGAAAUUGGACCAAACUAUUGAUCCACCGUAGAAUGUGGUUCAAACUAUAUUCAAAGGACAAAAACCUUUGGAGUCGUAUUCAGUCAUGUCUUUUUUUUCCAACUACUUAAAUCUAACAAAAACUAUCCAAACAGAAUGAAUUGUAGUUGAAGUACCACUCAAUCCUACUACUAUUGAUCAAGAAACAAGAAAGCAAAUAACCAAAGGUUGUAUUCAAAGGGAGAGAGUGUUGCCUAUACAAAGUUUCCCCAAGGUUUAGCAAUAUUUCAGACUACUCAUUCAUACAAUUCCUUCAGUGCAUUCCACAUUACAUGACUUAUCUCACUUCCUACAAUUUACAUGCAAUUUCCUAUCAAUGUAACUAACCAAUUAAGAUAUGAAUUGAUUACUUGAUAGUUGAUACCAACCUGGUUAACUAAUCCUGAUUUUCUUGUUAAUUACUUAACUAGUUCUAGUGCUUGGAUAUUAAAAAAUCCAGAAAUCUAGAGAGGUUGUUUCUAUCAAACCCUCUGAAUUUUCAAUAGGUUCAUAGUUUUUUUUUUUUUACAAAGGCGUACAUUUUCAUAUUAGUGAAAUACAAUGAAUCGAAUAAAGGAGACAAAACGAUUCUUACACAAAAUUCAUAAUCUCUUAUUAAUUCAUAAAUCGAGAAUUUUUGUCUGGGUUUCAAGAGGGAAAACUCCCUGUCAGGUACUUGGGGCUCCCAUUAUUUUCAGGAAAGCUCUCCUCAGCUGAUUGUGACAAAUUGGUUGAGAGAAUCACUCAGAAGAUUGGGACUUGGCGUGCGAAGAAACUGAGUUAUGCAGGUAGACUUGAGCUGAUUAAUUUUGUUUUUAUGGGCAUCCUGCAAUAUUGGAUGCAAGUUUUCCUCUUACCUAAAAAGGUUUUAAAGAAGGUGUAUGUUAUUUGCUCAAGAUUCCUUUGGCAUGGGGGAAAUGAGGGUAGAGCAAAAAUUGGCUGGGAGAGAAUGGCUCGACCAAAAAGAGAGGGGGGACUUGGCAUCAAGGAUCUCCUGGCUUGGAAUAGAGCCUGUACUAUUCGAAUGAUCUGGCUUCUUAUGAUGAAAAGUGGUGCAAUUUGGGUGGCUUGGAUGUGGAGAUACAGAGUCAAACAGGGUAGUAUUUGGACUAUGAAUGCGAGUCCAAGUAGUUCUUGGGCAUGGAGAAGGGUCCUCAAGCUUCGACCUUUGCUUCAGGCUCAUCUAACAAUGGCUGGUGAUACUCCUAGUUGGGAUGGUAAGCUGAUGCCUGUAUAUAAGGUAUCCACUGUGUGGAAUGCUCUGCGUAUUGAACAUCAACGUGUGGAUUGGUCAAAACUGGUAUGGGGAAAGAAGCAUCUACCUAAUAACAGUUUGAUUACUUGGCUGGUUCUGAUGGAGGGUAUUACUACCAGGGAUAAGCUGGUAAGAUGGGGUAAGAUCUUGGAUGGCUCAUGCUUGCUUUGCAGGGGGGCCUUGGAGACCAGAGAACACUUGUUUUUCCAGUGUUCUUACUCUUUGCAGGUUAUUUCUUGAUGGAGAGAAGGUCAUCUGCUUUGUAGACCGAGUUGGCAGGGGAGUGUGCAGGCUGCAGUGGCUUUGAGCAAGAAGGGUUCCUCGAUUGGGAGGGUAAUAGGAAUCUUCUGGUGUGCUUGUAUUGCUUACCUGUGGCGUGAAAGAUGUAGUCGACAGCAUCAAAUGGCUCCAAGGGAUGCUGCAACUCUUAGUAGAUUAAUUACUUCUGAUCUAUUGUAUCUGGGUAGUGUAGACAGUGAUUUACAAGCAGACCUGGUUGCUGCUGGUUUCCUAUAGGUUGAUUUGGAGAGUUUUGAGUAGUCAGGUGGGGGUUGUGGGGGGUUCUUUGCUUCUCUGCAGGGUUACUUGUCUUGAGUAACCAUUUUCUUUGUAUCAGUCACUAUAUGUACUCUGCAUAUAGUCUGGGUAAUACAAUUGCAACUGAUUCAACGAAAAAAAGAAAAAAAAAUCAAGAAUUUUAGAACCACCCUGACUCCACUGACCUAAACAAUUUUGCCAAAAAUGGUAAAAUUCUUGUGUCGAUUCUCUCCUUGUAAUGAAUAGGUUUGAGCCUU